CUUCUGGCCAAACAACAUGAACUCGCAGUCGACUCAUUAACAACGUUAUCUCCUUUCUCUCUCUCUCUCUCUCUCUCUCUCUGGUGCAGAAAGGAUGCAGCUUUCUCGCUUGCUUCUGUUGUCCUGACGCAGAGUUUCAGACAGUCGAACCAGCUCAACUUUGUCGUGCCCACGCAGUCGUCCGAUGAAUGUGCAUAUACUGGUCCCUGCUCCUUACUUUCUGCUCAGUCUCCUCCUCUGCUCGAUCAGCUCGAUCAAGUACUUGACGUGGGUUCCCCUGUUUGUUUUCUUGUUCUGUUUCUUGCGUAUGUAUCUGGUCUUAUCGACCCCUGUCCAAAUAGAGCGUAGGCUGAGCAAAUUUGCUGAUUGCGAUCGUCUCUUGAUUGAUUAGUUCCUGUCGCUGUCAUAAAAAAGGAGGCCUCAUUCAUAGUUACUGAACGCUUUGCCAAAGAAAGAAUCCAGACAUUGGUUUGAGGGGACUAUGGACCGGGAGAACCAUGCGAACAAUGGCGAAGAUGAGCGCGAUGUUGAGAACGAGGGACUGCUGGAUGGGAAGGAGAUCGAGAGGAACUGGUCCGGGGUUUCGGAGAAGAACAUGACCUUCCGGGAGCCUCUUCUCGUCAAAAGGGUCAAUACCACCUCCCAGAUUGCCAUCGUCGGCUCCAAUGUUUGCCCCAUCGAGAGCCUUGACUACGAGAUUGCUGAAAACGAGUUAUUUAAGCAGGACUGGAGGUCGAGGAAGAAAAUUCAAAUAUUCCAGUACAUUCUGCUCAAAUGGGCCUUUGCACUUAUCAUAGGUCUAGGUACUGGAUUAGUUGGCUUCUUUAACAAUAUUGCGGUUGAGAAUAUAGCUGGGUACAAGCUGCUACUAACUACAGAUCUCGUGUCUAAGAAGAGAUAUUUUGCGGCUUUUGCAGCAUAUGCCGGUUGUAAUGUGGCAUUGGCAAUAGCUGCCGGUGCCCUUUGUGCUUUCAUUGCUCCAGCUGCUGCAGGUUCUGGUAUUCCUGAGGUUAAAGCCUACCUCAAUGGCAUCGAUGCAUAUUCCAUCUUAGCUCCUAGCACCCUUUUCGUAAAGAUAUUUGGCUCCAUCCUCGGUGUCUCUGCUGGGUUUGUCGUGGGUAAAGAAGGGCCUAUGGUGCAUACAGGUGCUUGUAUAGCCUCUUUACUUGGACAAGGGGGGUCUCGCAGAUAUCAUUUGACUUGGAAAUGGUUGAGAUAUUUCAAAAAUGACCGAGAUAGGCGAGAUCUGAUUACUUGUGGGGCUGCUGCUGGUGUGGCAGCUGCAUUUCGUGCUCCAGUUGGCGGUGUCCUCUUUGCCCUUGAAGAGGCAGCUUCAUGGUGGCGAAGUGCUCUUCUUUGGAGAACCUUUUUCACAACAGCAGUCGUUGCUAUAGUGUUGAGAGCUUUCAUAGAGUAUUGUUCUACGGGAAAAUGUGGGCUAUUUGGCCAAGGUGGUCUUAUAAUGUAUGAUGUCAGUUCAGCCCAGGCAACAUAUUCUGGUGCAGAUAUAAUAGCUGUUAUACUCUUAGGAAUUAUUGGAGGCCUCUUGGGGAGUCUCUACAAUUUUCUUAUAGACAAGGUCCUACGUAUUUAUAGCAUCAUUAAUGAGCGAGGUGCUUCUUUCAAGAUCUUGCUUGUUAUCACCAUUGCGCUCUUGACUUCAUGCUGUUCUUUUGGCCUUCCAUGGAUUGCCCAGUGCAAAGCCUGCCCUACCGAUGCGUCAGUGAGCUGUCCAACUGUUGGAGAAUCUGGCAACUAUGAGAGCUUCCAGUGCUCAUCAGGCUACUACAAUGAUCUCGCUUCCCUCUUUUUGAAUACCAAUGACGAUGCUAUCCGCAACCUGUUCAGCACUAGUACCACAAAAGAAUUUGAUAUAUCCAGUCUGUUUAUUUUCUUUGGUGCCGUCUACUUUCUUGGCAUCAUAACUUAUGGCAUCGCCAUUCCUUCUGGUCUUUUUAUUCCUGUUAUUCUUGCUGGUGCCUGUUAUGGUCGUCUUGUUGGGAGACUUUUCGAAUCUGUCUCACAACUUGACACAGGUCUCUAUGCCCUCCUUGGUGCUGCAUCAUUCCUGGGUGGCACAAUGAGAAUGACUGUCUCACUUUGCGUUAUAUUGCUUGAGCUCACAAACGACCUCUUGCUUCUUCCCCUUGUUAUGCUGGUUCUUCUUGUCUCCAAAUCAGUGGCGGAUUGCUUCAACAAAGGUGUUUAUGAUCAAAUAGUGAAACUUAAAGGACUGCCUUACAUGGAGGCGCAUGCAGAACCUUAUAUGAGGCAACUGGUUGCACGCGAUGUGGUUACUGGACCAUUAAUUAUGUUCUCAGGCAUUGAGAUGGUAGGGACCAUAUUGCAUGCUUUAAGGACUACUGGCCAUAAUGGGUUUCCUGUGAUAGAUGAACCACCUUUCUCAGAGUCUGGAGAACUGUGCGGCGUUGUAUUGAGGUCUCAUUUGCUUGUGCUGCUCAAGGCGAAGAAUUUUUCAAGGGAAAGGGUGCUUAGUGGAGAAGAGAUUUUACAAAAGUAUGCCGCUUUUGAUUUUGCCAAGCCGGGGUCUGGAAAGGGGAUUAAGUUGGAGGAUUUAGAUAUUGAUGAUGAAGAGAUGGAAAUGUACAUUGAUCUCCACCCUAUUACAAAUGCUUCCCCGUACACAGUAGUUGAGACGAUGUCGCUUGCCAAAGCUGCGAUACUCUUUCGUCAACUUGGUCUGAGGCACAUGUGUGUGGUACCAAAGAGUCAAGGGAGGCCCCCAAUUGUUGGAAUUUUAACGCGUCAUGACUUCAUGCCGGAGCACGUUUUGGGACUUUAUCCUCAUAUCAAGCCACACAAAAGAAUUUGAAUGAACGUCUCUUUGGUAGUUUUUGAUUGAGAUCAGGAUGAAAUGAACUUUUUGUUGACGGAACCUCUGUUUCCUAUGAGUGGGUUUUCCAACCGGAUUACAAGAGUUACUUAGCAACAGAAGUGGAAGCUGGUUUUGCCAUUAGAAUACAGAUCAUACCAUUCAGACACCUUAUCCAGUCUUAUGUACAUUUUCAGGUGUGGAUAGAUUUUGUCCAUGAGGCUGUUGUUGCAUGCAUGAAGAAUUUAUUUU